AUGAUGCCCCAUGUUCAAAAUCACUCCGUCCAAGCCCAAGCUCAAGCUGCACCAGGUCCAAUGGACAUUUCCUACGACCUCUAUCCCGAACCGCAACCCAACUCCCAACCCCAGUCCCAAGACAGGCCACACCUAAAGCGUCCUUUCACGUCAGUGUCAUCACCCUCGCCGACUCCAUCGCUGCCGGUCUUGUCGUCAGUCCAUAGCUAUGGCUAUGGCUUGGGCUAUGGCUAUGGCUAUGGUUAUGGCCAUAAUUAUGGCAGAGACGAACCCUAUGCCAAGCGGAACACAACGCCGGCAUUUGAGCACGGGUUCCAUGACAAGACCUACGCGCAGCGGUUCCAGGAGAGACUCGACAGUUAUAAUGCCUGCAAGGAGAAAGAGCUGGCUGCGCCGUUUAGUCCUGAUAGGGGUUCCAGCUACGAUAGCGACCUCACGCGCAGCCCGAGUUCUAGCCCUAACGGGACUAUGUCUGAGGGUGAGGAGGAUGCUGAAGACGACGCGAGUCUUGUAACUUGCUUCAAAGGAUGCGGAUGUGAAGAUGAUGGUGUUGAUGUUAAGGAGGAUGAUGGUAAUGAUGAUGUUGAAAGAGAAAGUGAGAGUGUGGACGGGGACAUCCAAUCCGAGCCGUAUCCGCAGCCACAAGUGCAUAUACCGAGACAUCAAACAGAGAACUACGCCCCUCUCUCGAACGCAGCAAUCAGUGACAUUCUGCUGCGAUGUGCACCUCAUUCGCUAUCCGCGCAGGCGUGGAUCAGAGCUCACAGGCCGACAAAUAUCGACCAUGAGAGAAAGAUAGCGCUUCUGAAGCAGCAGGAUGACCUUCGAAGGCGGGUGCUGCAGCUGCGGCCAAAGACCGAGUGGACUAUGAAUAGGCUGAAGAGAGGAGAGGGUGUCAAGCGAAGUAAAUUUGCCGAGGAUUCGGUGGAUUUAUCGAAAAGCAAUCCGAUGUUUAUGCGGAAGGAAGUGCCGCGCAGCGAGAAGAAACUCGAUUAUUCUGGAUUCAGUCACCACGGACGCACCUAUAUUUUCGACGAAGAGGACAAGCAAUGGUUGAAGGUUUUCAUGUCGACUGGGAGGCUUCAGGAAGUGGCGGGCAAUGAAGAGGCGUCUAUCAUUCCUGCACAAGAGUUUCGGCGAUAUUUCGAUAUCUCUGACGAAUGA